CUCAUGGGCUUCACGAAACCAACUUUUCCUUCUCUUCUUCUCCUUCUCCUUCUCCUCCUCUCAGCUCUCAAGUUGGACAUCCUUCCACGCACAUAAACUCAUACCAAAUUUCCCCUUCAAUCACUCCACCACCAACUCUCCCAUUCACAGCCGCCGUCGAGGAUCGAAUCCAGUCCUCCAAUGGAUUCCCUAUCAUCUGUCUCACCUUCUUUCGUUCUCCCUUCCAGACACCCUCUCUUCUUCCGGAGGCGUCGAAUCGCCGCCUCUUUUGGCGACCUCCGCUGCCCUAUGCCUCGUGUUCGCCCUUUGUUUGGUCCUCGAUCCAGAAAAUUGCGAGAAAUUUCCUGUAGAGUGAGCGGUGGCGGCGCUAACAAAGGAGACAGCGAUGGCGAGGAUGGAACCGACGAUGUGGAUAUGGAGAGGGCACUUAGCUUAGAUGGCAGUAUUCCUGGUACUUCUGAUGAGUUCGUCAAGCGAGUUUCUUCCCGUGCUUAUGAUAUGAGGAGGCAUCUCCAUCAAACGUUUGAUAGCAGCAGUUAUGACGUAUUGGAAGCCAAUCCGUGGAGAGAAAGUUCAAAACCUGUAUACGUAUUAACACACAAUGAGAACCAAAUAUGCACAAUGAAAACUCGAAGAAAUAGGAGUGAAGUGGAAAAUGAGCUUGGAUUAUUGUUUUCCAAAGGUGGAAAAUGGAGGUCUGAGAAUCAGAAAAAACAGUCCAAAACAGGAAUCAAAUUUCAGAUGCUUGUUGAAGACAUUAGGGAGGGAGUUCUUGUGUUUGAAGAUGAGAAUGAAGCUGCAAGAUACUGUGACCUGUUGCAAGGUGGAGGCAAAGGUUGUGAAGGUGUUUUCGAGAUUGAAGCCUCAUCAGUGUUUGAUCUUUGCAAGAAGAUGAGGGCACUUGCUGUCCUGUUCCGAAGAGGGAGGACGCCUCCUCUGCCUCAGAGCCUCGAGCUCAACCUGAAGGCUCGUAAACGAUCUCUCGAAGACCAGGACGAGUUGAUAUGAACAUCAAAAUUGACAGGAAACAUGGAAGAGUUGUGACAUUAAGUGGUAGUAGAAAUUAUACAGAAAAAGGAAAUGGUAUACACAUUCUCUUGGUGUAAUAUAAAUUGAUUCUCUAAUGAUGUAGUCCCACAUCGUGUAUACAAGAUAAAUUAUAAAGAUUUAAAUUGAGGAAGACAUAUUCUUCAUUGACGUUU